AUGGUCUUUGAACGCCUAGAGCACGGCAACUCCUUCCAGAAUAUUGAAGAGUUCUUUGUGACUCUCACCCAAACCUCACAGGAUUUGGACAUCAACCCUGUGGUGAGGGACAUCAUGAUGAAUCGAACCUUCACCAUCAUCAGUCUUCAUUUUGCCGACUUUGUGACCGACGACUGGGUUUCCUGGUUCACGGUGAAACUGAAUCCUCUCCUUCCCAGCUUGACAGCAGAGAUGCUCCAGACAGCAACAUUAAACACCGUCUGCAACGAAUACCACGUCAUUGUUGGGGCUCUGAGCAACGUCUUUGAGCAGAUGACUUUGUUGAGACAGCAGGAGCUCGCUCAAGUCCUGUUGGGCUACCUGAAGCAGAGACACGCCUCGCCUGCGCUGCCCUGUUUCUGUGAAUGUCUGCGUCUACUAAUGAUCGCUUUCCUGUGCAUUAUCGUUGCAGGCUCAACUUAUGGGUCCGACACCAGCAGCCUCAGUGCUUGGCUUGAGGAGAGCUUUGGCAAAUUCUCCAUCUAUGUGGAUUACAAAGACCUGCGUGAGAUCAACACGGGCUUCGACAGCUUUGAGGCGCUGGACAUUCUGAGCACUUCUCAGGUUGCUCAACUGACAAUAGAGUCUGGAGCGCUGAACAGCGCAGCCCUGAUAAACAUGGUCUUUGAACGUCUAGAGCACGGCAACUCCUUCCAGAAUAUUGAAGAGUUCUUUGUGACUCUCACCCAAACCUCACAGGAUUUGGACAUCAACCCUGUGGUGAGGGACAUCAUGAUGAAUCGAACCUUCACCAUCAUCAGUCUUCAUUUUGCCGACUUUGUGACCGACGACUGGGUUUCCUGGUUCACGGUGAAACUGAAUCCUCUCCUUCCCAGCUUGACAGCAGAGAUGCUCCAGACAGCAACAUUAAACACCGUCUGCAACGAAUACCACGUCAUUGUUGGGGCUCUGAGCAACGUCUUUGAGCAGAUGACUUUGUUGAGACAGCAGGAGCUCGCUCAAGUCCUGUUGGGCUACCUGAAGCAGAGACACGCCUCGGGCUCAACUUGCGGGUCCGACACCAGCAGCCUCAGUGCUUGGCUUGAGGAGAGCUUUGGCAAAUUCUCCAUCUAUGUGGAUUACAAAGACCUGCGUGAGAUCAACACGGGCUUCGACAGCUUUGAGUCUUUGGACCUUCUGAGCGUUUCUCAGGUUGCUCAACUGACGCUAGAGUCUGGGCGCUGA